GCCAAAACAUCUACUGAAAAGUCAAAUCACUCAAAAUGCAUCACCUGUUGUUGAAGCUGCUCUUCCUUAGGAUUUUACUCCUUCCUAAAGGCAAGUUUUUCUUUCAUAUUGUUAAUAAAUUUGACUCAAAACAGAAAUUAAUGCAAUUGUGCGACUUUCUGUGUGUAUCCUAGCCUGCACACUGAAAUGUUACCAGUGUGUAGCAGGACGCUCAGCUGGCUGCAACAGUACAGCAAACAAAUGCUCUGCACUGGCGACUCACUGUACUACAAAAAGAUUCACUAUAUAUGCAGGCGAGUUUAAUGUUAUGGACGUCAGUUGGAAAAGCUGCAGCUCUGUGCACUCCUGUACACAAGCCUCAGUUAAUCAUGGAGUGGCCAGAACCAUACUCUCCAGCCAGUGUUGCACCACCGACCUCUGCAACAAUCUUGCCGCACUAGACCACAGCGAGACCAGCCCCAACGGUAGAAAAUGCUACACCUGCAAUGAACCGCAGUGCACCGCCCCUGCCACCUUGGAAUGUAAAGGCAAUGAGAACCACUGCAUCACAACGAAAGUGGCUGACCAUGGCCAAAUAACAACCAUGAAGGGCUGCGCCUCAGCGGAAAUUUGCAUGAAGAAUGAAGAAAUUGAAAGAUUCAUUGGAACUGAAAUCAGCUGUUGUGAGGGUGACUACUGCAACAGCGGAAGCAGGCCAAAAGUUGGACUACUCCUUGUAACACCACUGCUAUGUUUGCUUAUGUCACCUUAAAACACAGGCAUGUUCCAAAUAGAAUAACAAUUGAAUGACAGUUAUCGUCUGGACCGAGGUGAUCUUCAUGUAGAACAUUUUUUUGUUUCACUUCCUCUGUUUUUUUUUUCCCAUAUUCAAAUGCAAAUGAACAGUGAUAGAAAGUGUAAGUGUUGUUCCGAUCCAAAAACUCUGUGUAGCAUGUAUCACCGAGUGUCAAGACUCACGGUAAUUUAACAAGGGCCGUGAUUCAGAAGUCGCAGACAACAAGGAGUGGUUGAGAUUUUCUUUUUCAAAUAUUUACCCUUUUAAAUGUUUUUUUUUUUUUUUUUUUUUUUUUUUUUUUGGAUCAAUUAUUUAUCAUCUAAAAUACUGGGGGAAAUGCGGCAGUAACAAAAAAAAUACAAUUAAGCGAUAGUUAUGAGGUAGAUAUCCGUGACCUAUUUACAGACACUAUUUUUUUCAUUGUGACGUAAUUUGUUCAAAAGUUUCAAAUAUGCAAGUGAAUAAUUUUUAAAGUCGUUUUUUUUUUUAGACUAAAUAUU